UAACAGAGCUUUCUUUGCAAGAGAAGCAAGAUAACAGAGGCUACGUCAUCGAUAAGUGGUAAACUGUUAAGUAUCUUUUCAAGGAAUGCCCGCUUAACAUAGAAGGGAUAUUUUUAUAUUUGUCGGGAGAAAAAAUAAAGGAAACGCUGGAAUGGGGAAUUUUUGGAACUCGACAAAUUUUCUAUUUUUGGUUGUUGCCAUCUUUUUGCACAUCACAGUAGUAUUAACAGAUGUUGAAAGACGCACAUAUAGGUCAAGCAACGAUGAAGCUGAUGCUGUUACGCAACUUUUACAUAGGCUCAUUCCAGAGAAAGCAGAGCAAAUUCUGAUUGAAGUAGACUACAAUCUAGACAAUAGAGAUGCUUUUGAGAUUUCCACUCAAAAUGACAAAGUCCUAAUAUCGGGAACAAGAGGAUAUGCAGCAGCUGCGGGAGUCUAUCACUAUCUGAAAGAAUUUUGCGGCUGUCAUAUAUCUUGGUCUGGGAACCAACUCCGCCUACCUGUAGAGCUACCAAUACCUACCCAAACACUAAAAAUAAGGUUUAACGAUAAAUACAGGUAUUACCAAAAUGUUUGCACAUCUAGUUAUUCUUACGUUUGGUGGACUUGGGACAGAUGGGAAAAAGAAAUCGAUUGGAUGGCCUUGAAUGGUAUGAACUUACCACUUGCUUUUACAGCACAAGAAGCCAUUUAUUAUAAGAUUUUCAAAGAGAUGAAUUUUACGGUUCAUGAUAUCGAUGUAUUCGUCACAGGUCCAGCGUUUCUAGCUUGGAACAGAAUGGGAAACAUGCAAGCUUGGGUAGGACCAUUAACGGAUAACUGGCACAGAAUUCAGGUGGAUCUCCAACAUAAGAUUCUUAAACGAAUGAGAGAUUUUGGGAUGACUCCAGUACUUCCAGCCUUUAGUGGAAGAGUAGUUCCUGCCUUUAAGAGGAACUUUCCUCAUGCAAAUACAACAUACAUGAACAGAACAUGGGCGCACUUUCAACCACCAUUCGCCUUUGUUACGUUCCUCCAGCCAACUGAUCCUCUAUUUGAAGAAAUUGGAGCCAAAUUCCUAAGAGCAUAUAUUGAGGAAUUUGGAACAGACCAUAUGUACAGCGCAGAUUUAUUUAACGAGAUGCCGCCUCCUUCAAGCGAUCCAGAUUACUUGCAAUCGUGUUCAAAGUCAUUGUACAAGAGUUUGACUGCAGUAGAUCCUGAAGCUGUCUGGAUUACCCAAGGAUGGAUGUUCUAUUCUGACCCUGACAUCUGGCAGCCGGAUCAAGCAAGGGCGUUUUUGCGAGCUGUACCCCAGGGUAAAAUGAUAAUUCUAGACCUUCAAUCCGAAUUAUAUCCACAAUACCAUCGUUUGCCUUCAUAUUAUGGGCAACCGUUUAUUUGGUGUAUGCUUCACAAUUACGGAGGUGUCACAGGACUCUACGGAUCGCUAGAACAAGUUAAUACUGGACCUUUUGAGGGAAGAAACUACGAAGGAAGCACAAUGAUUGGAACUGGUUUGACGCCUGAAGGCAUUGAAACGAAUGAUAUCGUAUACGAAUUGAUGAAUGAAAUGGGAUGGAGAAAAGGACCUGUAGAUUUACAUGAAUGGCUAGAAGAUUUUGCUAGCCGUCGGUACGGUAUCGAAUCAGCUAAAUUGCAACUGGCAUUAUUAUAUUUAAGAAGAAGUGUAUAUAACGCAACUGAUCCAUAUCGGAAUCAUGGAAAAUAUAUUCUAAUACGAAGGCCAUCCUUAAAGUUAAGCCCCUACGUUUGGUAUGAUCCAAAGGACGUAUUCAUAGCUUGGGAUCUGUAUGUAAAUGCUUCCGACGAUCCCAUCUUAUCUCAGUCACUUCUUUAUAAGCAUGAUCUUGUUGAUAUAACAAGACAAGGACUUCAGCUCACUAUGGAUAUAAUGUAUCCAAAAGUUGUUCAAAGUUUCAGAAAACGCAACUUGACCGCCUUCAGAGAAAUUUCUAGCUCUAUAUUAGAGUUAUAUGAUGAUUUAGAUGAAUUAUUAGCUUCUGAUGAGCAUUUUCUACUCGGACGAUGGAUAAAUGAUGCAUUAAAUUUGGCCCGUACACCACUGGAAAGGCGACAGUAUGAAUACAAUGCCAGAAACCAAAUUACUCUCUGGGGACCAUCUGGUGAGCUGGUCGACUACGCGAACAAGCAGUGGGCUGGACUUAUAUCUAACUACUAUAAAAAACGGUGGCAGUUCUUUUUCGAAACUUUAGAAGACACUAUAAUUAAUCGUCAUCCGUUCAAGCAAGCAGACUUCAACAAAGCAGUUUUUACCGAAAUAGAAUAUAAAUUUGACAUGGGAGAAGAAUUUUAUUCAUCUGAACCCAAAGGGGAUCCUAUUGAAAUUUCUAAAAGACUUUUUGAAAAAUACAAGCAGACUCAGAGUGCAUCUUAGAAAAUCACAGAGAACUUCCUUGUCUCUUUAAUUGAUAUUAAACAUUUCAUCUAUAGCUCAUGGAGAAAUCAGGAAAAAAAUAAACAAUUGAUAAGACAAUUUUGUGAAAAUUAAUGAAAAUUGCGUACAGAAAAAUGAAAUACUACAUA